UCGUGGUAAGGAGUGCGGCUGUGCGGCGGCAUGUUGUUGUAGUGAUUGUAAUCGCUAUCAAUCGCUAUUGCGUGUUGUUUUAUAUACGUUUUCCGACAUAUUUACGCAUUUUGGUGAAAACCCGGCACACUCAGACUGUUCAGAGAAGAUCACGAUCGCGAUUUGGAGGAUAAAGUGAAACCGCGCUUGCCGCCGCUCGCGUUGGUGCGAGACGUCGCGAUUAAAUGAGACGGGGCAGUACUUGGACAAGUAUUACGUUUGGUGUGCGGACAUGUCUACGGAGACCGCCCUGAACGACGUAUCGAACGUUGCGUCGAGGCUGCAGGGUUUACGACUAGCACACGCCGAGGAUGACCCGUCCGAGAAUGCAGCGGCUGGCAGUUCAACGCCCGGUGGUUCGACGGCGUCUAACGGCAGUGUGGCCGACGGCAGCGGACCGUCGUCAGUGCGGGAGCCGCUGCGGAACAUCACCCUUUCUCGAGCACGGCGUGCUCUUAAUUUUGUCGGCGACGAAGACCAACCACUGACCUCGUCCAUUGUGCGAAGCGAAGCUUCAUUCUUGAAUAGCGAUAAUCGACCACCUACUAAUGCAGCUAAUAUAUCGUAUUUGGAUGGACGAACGCAGAAUAAUGCUACUUUGGAAAACUCUACUACACAGAAUCAACCUGUAGUUAUGUACAACUGGCAAGGUACAAAGGCAACGAUGCGCGAAAGAAUUGUAUUCCUCUUUAACAAUGAAAUACUGUCAGAUGUGACUUUUCUGGUUGGAAGAGGAGCGCAGCAACAACGCAUACCAGCUCACAAACUAGUCCUGUCCUGUGGAAGUGCUGUAUUUGAUGCAAUGUUUAAUGGAACGCUUGCAACAGCUUCUUCAGAAAUAGAAGUACCUGAUGUAGAGCCUGCUGCAUUUUUGGCAGUGCUCCUUUUUCUAUACACUGAUGAAAUACAGAUAGAUCCUGAAACUGUGAUGACAACGCUAUAUACUGCUAAGAAAUAUGCAGUGGCUGCUUUAGAAAAGCAUUGCGUUGAUUUUUUAAAAAACAAUUUGACGAGUGAUAACGCUUUCUUGCUGUUAACGCAAGCUCGUUUAUUUGAUGAACCACAAUUAGCCUCUGUAUGUUUGGACACCAUAGACAGAUUCACAACUGAUGCCUUUACUGCAGAUGGUUUCACGGAUAUUGAUAUUGAUACAUUGAUGAUAGUCUUAGAAAGAGAUACUCUUCGUGUUAGGGAAUCUAAAUUAUUUCAAGCUGUUUUAAGAUGGUCAGAAGCUGAAUGUGUACGGCAGCAAUUGCCAGUCACUCCAGAAAAUCAACGUCUGGUUUUAGGCGAUGCUUUAUCUUUGGUUCGUUUUCCCCUUAUGUCAAAAGAGGAAUUUACAGCGGGUCCAGCGCAAUCUGGAUUGUUAAAUUAUUCAGAGGUCUUAUCUUUAUUCUCAUAUUUCAUACUAAAUCCUAAACCUUCGGUGGGGUUUCAAACAAUGCCACGGUGUUGUAUGACAGGCAAGGAACAAACUGUAUGCAGAUUUCAACAUACAAAGAGUAGAUGGGGAUAUUUUGGAACGAGUGACCGUAUUCGAUUUAGUGUAGAUAGACGUAUCUUUCUGAUUGGGUAUGGCGUUUAUGGCAGCACACAAGAACCAGCGAUAUAUGAAGUAACAGUCGAAUUAAUUCACACUGCAUCAGGAAAAGUGAUAGCUACAAAUGCAACAAGUUUCAGCUGUGAUGGAUCAAAGUACACAUACCGUCUAAUGUUUAAAGAGUUAGCGGAAAUCUUACCAAAUACAAUUUAUACGGCAUCAGCAACUUUCAAGGGGCCAUAUUCUUAUUAUGGCACAAAAGGAAUGAAAACAGUGAUGGUGGAUUGUGAUUCAGGAAGUGGAAAAGUAAAAUUCAAAUUUAGCAAUGAGUUGGGAGAUAAUAAUGGCACAUCUACUGAUGAAGGUCAAAUACCCGAGCUUAUCUUUUACACGUAAUAUUAUUUGCAUACAUUCCUGAUCCUUGCUUGACUGAGUAUCAGAUAAAUUAUAUAAAUUAUGUAAAAAGUAUGCCGGAUUUUGUCAAUUAUAUAUCUUGUGAUCAUUUAAAACAGUGAUUUGAUUCGAGUGAUCUAUAGGCAUGCCAAAGGAGUUAA